CCGGACUAGAGAAGAGAGGAUUUCAGAUGGAUAAAUUCUCCUGUUCCGUCUGUUUGGAUCUACUGAAGGAUCCGGUGACUAUUCCCUGUGGACACAGUUACUGUAUGAACUGUAUCAAAUGCCACUGGGAUGGAGAAGAUCAGAGGAAAAUCUACAGCUGCCCUCAAUGCAGGAAAGAGUUCAAACCGAGACCUGUCCUAAAAAAAAACAUGAUGUUAGCUGCCUUAGUGGAGGAUCUGAAGAAGAAUGGACUCCAAGCUGCUCCAGCUGAUCACUGCUAUGCUGGACCUGAAGAUGUGGCCUGUGAUGUUUGUACUGGGAGGAAGAUGAAAGCUGUCAAGUCCUGCUUAUUUUGUUUGGCUUCAUAUUGUGAGAAUCACCUGCAAACUCACUACAAUGUUCCGCCAUUAAGGAAACACAAGCUGGUGAAUCCCUCGAAGAACCUCCAGGAGAACAUCUGCUCUUGUCAUGAUGAGGUGAUGAAGAUCUUCUGUCGAACUGAUCAGCAGUGUAUCUGUUAUCUCUGCACUAUGGAGGAACAUAAAGGCCAUGAAACAGUCCCAGCUGCAGCAGAAAGAGCUGAGAAGCAGAAGAAGCUCCAGGAGAGUCGACAACAAACCCAUCAGAGAAUCCAGGACCAAGAGAAAGAUGUGAAGCUGCUUCAACAGGAGGUGGAGGCCAUCAAUGUCUCUGCUGAUAAAGCAGUGGAGGACAGUGAGAAGAUCUUCACUGAGCUGAUCUGUCUCCUCCAGAAAAGAAGCUCUAAUGUGAAGCAGCAGAUCAGAUCCCAGCAGGAAACUGAAGUGAGUCGAGUCAAAGAUGUUCAGGAGAAGCUGGAGCAGGAGAUCACUGAGCUGAAGAGGAAAGACGCUGAGCUGGAGCAGCUCUCACACACAGAGGAUCACAACCAGUUUCUCCUCAACUACCCCUCACUGCCAGCACUCAGUGAGUCUACACACUCAUCCAGCAUCAACAUCCGUCCUCUGAGACACUUUGAGGACGCGACAGCAGCUGUGUCAGAGCUCAGAGACAUAAUGCAGGACGUCCUGAGAGACACAUGGAGAAACAUCGAACAGGCAGUCACUGAAGUCGAUGUUCUACUGUUUAGACCAGAACCAAAUUCCAGAGCUGAAUUCCUGGAAUAUGUUCGACACGUCAACCUGGACCCAAACACAGCACACAGUUAUCUGUUGCUGUCUGACGAUGAUGGAAGAGCAACUUUGACUAAACAAAAACAGUCAUAUAUUGAUCAUCCAGAUCGAUUCAGUUCUUGGAUUCAGGUAUUAAGUAAAAACAGUCUGACUGGGCGUUGUUACUGGGAGGUGGAGUGGGGAGGCGGAGGUGUUGAAGUGGCAGUUUCAUACCCAAGUAUCAGCAGGGCAGGUAACUCGUAUGAAUGUGCCUUUGGCUUCAAUGAAAACUCCUGGGCUUUGCGUUGUGAUGGCAGAAGUUACACAAUCAGGAUUAACAAAGUCGAAACCAAAUUACCAGGUCCAGUUUCCUCCAGAGUCGGAGUGUACCUGGACCACAGAGCAGGUAUUCUGCGUUUCUACAGCGUCUCUGAAACCAUGACUCUCCUCCACACAGUCCAGACAACAUUUACUCAGCCGCUACAUGCUGGGUUUGGGUUCUUUAACUACUAUUUGUACUAUUCAGGAGGAGACACAGCUGAGUUCAUCAAACUGUAAUAGGAGUGGUUGGUUUAAUUCUUUCAUUUUCAUAUAUAUCCCUUGUUGUGUUUUACUAUGUCAUCAUUAUUAAAUGUUCAACUGUCAAUCAUCUUCUGUAGGAGCCUAAUUUAAAAGUUCCCUUAUUUCUUGUUUUGAUCAGAUUUAGUCUAUUUAUGGAUGAGAUGCUUGGCUACAGAUACUGCAGUAGCUUAUACACAUGAAAUAUUUACCUUUACAAAUUUUACUCAACCAAAUGUAAAUUUUGAUUCUUGUACCUAAAAUGUACAUAAUUUUACUUUGUACCUAAAAUACAUUUAAAAAGCUGUCCUGUCUUUGCAAUAUGUAUUUGCUGUUGUCCAUCUAUUUUUCUGCAAGAUAUUAAAACAAAGAAACAUCAUGAUUAUCACAGGUCGUUGGAAAUUAACUGAUUAGAAAAUAAUGUGUGUUAAAAUGUUUCUGCAUUAGUUGCUCUGUGGAGCCUGAUGUAAUGUUAAUAAUCAAUAAUUACCAGGAAUGUAAUAUUUUUUCCAUUAUUUCUAGGUAAAUGGGGUUAAGGCCACGUUGGGCACCAA